UUUUUUUUAAAAAAAAUUGGCAAAUAAAAAGAUAUUAAUAAAUCAUGAGGCUUUCCUUCGGCUUAAGAGCAGCAUGUCAAUACAUGGCGUACUUAACGGGACGUAUAGCUCAGAUUCCACAGAAAACAGAAACUGAGUCUUUGCAGUCUUCGUUUUGUUUCCUUGCCGGUGUGAUUUUCUAGCUUCCUUGUUCAGCCUCCUUGUUCGGGUUGGGGGGCCAUACGGCUCUUUCGUCGCCUGCUGGAGGCAGUAGGUGGACUGGGAGCCGAACCCAGCAUCUCACUCAGUCCUUUCGUUGUAUCGAGGUAACGGUCGGAUGAGACAUUUCAUUGCUGAACAUGGUUCUAAUGGAACUUUAAAUGACUUCGGACAAGUGACACAUAUGAGAAAACAGACUGGGCUGUGAAUCAGGCAGCACGGAUGGUCUUUUCGCAGCUUGUGGAAUAAAUCAUGCUGCGCCGCAGGCAGCUAUUGCCGAGCUGUAUUCCAUGCGUCCUGCUGCUGUCCGAUCACCGCUGAAGUCGCUAUGGAUAAAAAUGCGCCACUCAUUACAGACCUUUUCGUUUGCUGGCUUUUCGUGAGUGCCAUGACGACGAGUGGAUGGGCAGCAGCAGAAAACAUCAACAAGCAAAAAGAGCUGCUGUCCUCUCUGGACGUGAGAAGCCGACCAGUGCUGUGCAAUGAGACGGCUCUCCUCCUGGAGAUGCAAUGGUGUGGAGACUGGUUCAAGCGGGAGAUGGAGCUCAUUCCUCAGAGGAACUGGUGCAACCUGUCGUAUUUCAUCUGGAAGUACAACCACUUUUCCAACUGCAGUGAGGACAAGGCUGUCAGCACAGGCUGCUACUGGCCCAACCCCCUGGUGGAGAACUACAUCAUCCACGUCCACAGGCUCUUCUUCUCCAACUGCACGCUGAGCCACGUGGUCCUGGUGGACCCUCCGGACUACAUGCUCACCAUGCUCAUCUUUGUGCCAGUCUUCCUCACGCUGGCCAUGGUUGCACUGGUGGUGUGGUGCAGCAAGCGUGGUGACUUCGCCGCCUAGUGCUCUCUCUGCUAUCACUACGGUUAACGCUAAUGUCCCUCCGCUAGCACUAUCGCUAACGUCCCACCGCUAUCCCUAUCGCUAAUGGAAAUGUCCCUCCGCUAUCCCAAUCACUAACGCUAAUGUCCCUCCGCUAGCACUUUCACUAAUGCUAACUUCCCCUACGCCGCCUAGUGCUCUCUCUGAUAUCACUAUGGUUAACGCUAAUAUCCCUCCGCUAUCCCUAUCACUAAUACUAAUGUCCCUCCGCUAACAUCCCUCCGCUAGCACUUUCACUAAUGCUAAUGUCCCUCCGCUAUCCCUAUCGCUAAUGCUAAUGUCCCUCGCUAUCCAUAUCGCUAAUGCUAAUAUCCCUCCGCUAUCCCUAUCACUAAUACUAAUGUCCCUCCGCUAACGUCCCUCCGCUAGCACUUUCACUAAUGCUAACAUCCCCUACUGUCGCUAUUGCGGAGCCACAGACUGGCCACCAGGAAACCAGAACUCUUACCCAAGAUGUCAUAGACCUUUUGCUGUAUCCCAUCACCCUCAGAGAAGAGGAAGGAAAUACAAAAACUGAUACCAUUAUAAACAAGGCGAUACGUGAUCGCUUGCUUCAAAGUCAUGCUAAUCGCUAAUCGCUUACGUUUUUUUCAAUGCUUCCAUGGUCAGUGGCUUGCUUUUCCUAUACACAUAAUAAGCCGGUGUUUCUUUAAGUGUACAAUGCUGUCUCCUGUUGCUGAGAAACCAGCCCUUCCUUUGUUUCACACCUAAAGUCUAUGUGGAUGGUCUUUCCCAGCUGGCCGUUCACGUGAUUCGGACCACAUGUUCUGAAUUCGCCAACAUAAUUAAUCAAGCAGAUGAUGUUUGGGAAGGUUUUAUGCCUCCUCUCUGCAUGUCCUGUAAGAUCUACACUGAUCUGUAAUGUCAUUUAAUUCCACGUUUGGUCACCAUAGAGGGAGGAGUUAAUAUGAAUGUACACUGACCUCUGUCAAGUAGAGCAAACACUGAACUAGCAUAGCAUCACGCUGAAGCCCAAUUCUCAUAUUUGGUAUUAAGUGAAACGUGUAUUAUAUAGAUAUUUAAUGUGCUAUUAAAUGAAUAUGAAUUAUGUUCAUCAUAGACUGGUUGAGGUUUCUGACUCCAAUCAUACCCAGCAAUUACCUGCAUUUCCGUUGCAACAGUUUAUUCGGAACAAAAUAUGUUGCAUGAACAGUUUGACAACACAUAACAAAUUAAUAUGAAAUCCAGGUAAACUACACAAUAAUGAAAAACUAAUCUUGGCAUUUUUUUUUAAAAGAUACUGUGCAAAAAAAUCCUCAUGUAUAGCUGUCAGAACAAGCUCUUGUAAAAAAAUAUAAAUA